GCAAAAGAGAUAAAACUUGUUAUAACAUACCUAUCAAAACCCAUCAUAAGCUCUCUUUAUCGACAAGCGGUCAUUGCCAAAAUUUGUUUAGUGCCAGAUAACAUUAUCAACAACAAAAAUGCUUAUCUUAAAACGUGGGGUUCGUUCUUGUUUAUGGAAGAUAAAUUCGAAUUUUUGUUAGAAAUUUGGCAGUGAGUGGCAAUCUGCAGGAUAGUGUUGUUGUCAGUGUUUUUGUUCAUAAUCUAUGGGGAUUUUCAAUAGAUUAAACAUCAUGCCUACUAAACCCAAAGGUAAACCCAAAAGUUCCCAUAACAAGGAAUCAGAGGAUAUUGAAGUGGGGUCCAUUCAUGAAGAGUUAGAAGUGCCUGUGGCAUCGGAACUGGUGUUUCGGAAAAUAUGGAAGAUCAAAAAAUUCCUUCACACGAUCAAGAAGCGAGAUUUACUCGACAGUCCGGAAUUUAGAUGUUCUGUAAAUGGAGUUACCACUUUUUGGAAUAUCGCUGUUCGAUUUUGGAAAGGUGCCAAUGGUAAAAAAGUCACUAAUCCCCUGGUGAUUUGUCUAAAUUUGACCGGGUGCGAAACAGAAGAAACUGGUCAAGCCAGAGUCAGGUUUCAGUUUGGUAUUUUUGAUGCUCACAUAAAACAUUGGGAAUGUUGCCCCAUUUCCAGCGUUGUGCUCAACUUACAAAACAACAAAGAACUUCUAUCGGUAGGAUACAAAAGUUUAGGGAUCUUGGAUAGACAUAUAGACAGUGAAAAAGAUGUAAGGAUAAUGGUAAAAAUCCAAAUAAUCCAAAGUGAUGAGGAAAUGCAUAGUUUAUCUCAAGACAUGGCAAGACUGAUGAUAUUAGAAGACAGCAAAGAUACCCUUAUCGAAUGUUACUGUGAUUCUGAAAAUAAGGACUGCCAAAAAGCCCCUUUGAAAGUACAUAGCUGGAUUAUAAAGACUAGGAGUGAGAAAUUGGGUAAAAGACUGGAACAAUAUAAUGACGAAAAAAAUAAGGGUAUGAAAUAUCUUUUGUCCCUGCCAGAAUAUUCUUAUGGUGUCGUCAAUGAACUUGUCAGGUACAUUUACACUGACAAAGUUGAUUGUGCUGACAAAUAUGCUUCUAAACUAUUACCUAUUAGUGCCAUAUAUAAUAUGCAAGGUCUUAAAGGUCUUUGUGAACGUCAUUUGAUAGAAAGUCUAACGCCGACUAACGUAGCUAAUAUCCUUCUCAUGGCGGAUCAAUGCAGAUGUGAAAAUCUUAGAAAAGCUGCUUUACAUUACUGUGAAGAUUCAGAUGAAAUCAAAGGCAAUGUUCACAUGCCAGGCAAAACUUUAGCUUGGCGUGUAAUGGAAAUGGUGAAUCCGGAUUUGUUUAUGGAAGCUUGCGAAAGUAUAGGAAGCUCUUCUAGUAAUUUAGAUAGUCCUGGAACCCCAGGUGGUUCCUGGAGCGAUUAAAGUACCUGAAUGUAUUAAUAAUAAUUAGUGUUAGUGUUGCUGAGUACAAGAAAUAUUUUUGUAUAAUAAUUAUUAUUUCAAACUAUGUAUAUCAAUGGCAUAUUUAGUUAUUAACACAGUUUAAUAGUGAAUAAUUGGUUACCUAUUUCAAAAAUCUCAAUUUUUCUAAAACAUUUCCCAGCAUUUUUUUUAUACCUAUUAUUUAAUAAUUAUAUUUUACUUAGAUUAAUAAUUAUGUGUCUGAAUUUAAAUUGG